GCAGUGCAUCCCGGGGCUCGGCGGUGGGGCGGAUGGAAGAAGAAGAAAACGGAGGUUCGGCGGCGACAUCCCCGUCAAUCAUGGCCGCCAAGAGCACCGGGACACCGCCGUCGCCUUAGGACACUGACCGGGAUGCUGUACUUUCAAGUACACCAACGACCCAUUCACUGAGCUCUUGGGGCUGACAAGAGAGCAAGAAGCGUUCAGCUCUGUGGUGUGGGUCUCUGUGCUACUUGCUUCAGGGAUGCUGAGACCAGUGACCUCUCUUCCCGACCUCCUGGCCUUAGUUAGUCCAAGUCUCCCAGCAUCCCAACAGCCCAGCGGCCUGCGAUCGUCCAGCAAGCUGAUUACCUCACGCCAUGACUGACCUGCUUUCAGGAACUCACUAAUUCAUGCCCCGCAGUGUGAGUGGAGUGGAGAUGAGGAAAAGGCAAGCGGCGCACAUCGAGGUCCCGCCCCAAGUCCCUGGACAGCCCCGAGCCAACACCUGCUGCCUGUGCUGGUGCGGCUGCUGCAAGUGUCCCUGGAAUGAAGAGCGGAUGGAGAGAAGUGAGCGACAGACCUGCACCAAGAUGGACAGUAUCGAAGCUGCAGAAGAUCAACCACCCAGCCUGGACCAGGUCCUGUCCUGGGCGCGGGGCUUCGAGAUGAUGCUGCGAUCGCUGGAAGGCCGGGAGAUUUUCCAGGAGUUCCUGAGGUCGGAGUACAGCGAGGACAACCUCCUCUUCUGGCUGGCCUGCGAGGAGCUCAGGAAGGAGAGCGACUUGUCGGUGGUGGAGGAGAAGGCCAGGAUCAUCUACGAAGACUACGUGUCCAUACUGUCACCUAAAGAGGUGAGUCUGGACUCGCGGGUGCGGGAAGGCAUCAACCAGAGUCUGGCCCAGCCCAGCAGCCUGAUGUACGAGGAGGCCCAGCUCCAGAUCUACACCCUCAUGCACCGAGACUCCUUCCCCCGGUUCCUCAACUCCUGCGUUUACAGAGACCUCCUUGCCAGCAGGAGGCGCGCCUGCCUCGACACCUAGAGACCUUGGCCCGCCUGAGGCCAGAAGACCACUAGGUCCAGUACUACUAUGGUGCCAGAUGGCCCAACACAUCUCUCCCUCUUUCUUGAGUGAAGCUGCUUGAUCUUCUUGAAGCAGUUUCUACCCUUGACUGGUUAGUCCACAAAAAUGUUGGCUGGUGAUGGUUUUCCACCAGCAGUUUGGUGCCAGGGGGAAGACUGGAGAUGGUCCCUGUGGACUCCUCAGGACCAGGACAAGAGAGACAGUCAUGCCAAUUAUUCCUGUACUGUAACAAUUAGACCUCACUUUCAUUUCCACCUUUUAUUUUCUAUCAUUCUAGUCCACACUCGAGCCGCACCUCUGCAUGGAAUUCUCUCUUUGGAGUAGCUUAACUAAAUAAGCCCGCGACUGCAAGCGUUUUUUGGAAAUACGGCUUUUCAUCGGACUCGAAGACAAUUUAGGCUUAGUUGUUUGAAGGCAGCAGGAGCAUCCGUCCAUCCAUCCGUCCAUCCAUCCAAGCACUUUCCUUCUUUAAGUGGGAGAAGUAAGGGCUAGAAUUGUGGUUGGGCAGCUACGUGUACGACUAUUCCAUUAUUGUCAACUCCUGAAGAAACACCCGGCCUUCACCUGUUCUGGAAGAGAAACAACAAGCGGUUUUCAAUUUGUCCCGGAAGGCCACCACAGGUAGUCCCCACCACGCCCUGCUGAGAAGCCCGCCUGGCAAGCACAGGUGAGGGCAAACAUGUUUUGUUUGAAGGUGGCCCUAGACGAUGUUGUAGUGUGAGUCUGUGAUUAUCUGCUGUGAGGCCACAGCUGAAGCGGGUGCCAAAGGCCACCUUGAGUCGUUCAGCCGGCACAUGACAGUUGGCAACUUGGAAUGACCAUGCUAGCGGCGAUGUUUGAGUCAGUCGCUAGCAGCCCUUGUUUUUGGGUGGAGGCUAGCACUGCCAGGCCUCUAGCUCUCUUACACACUCUUGGUUUACUUUUCUAACGCUGACUCUGGCCGCAUGCGACGAUAACGUACUUGAAAGAAACAUUUUUUCAACGGAGGUGCUGCCAAAUGUUUGCUUUUUGACGGCAGACCAAACCGAAAUAUUCACCGUGUUUCUGUUGAAUGACGGAGGCCAUGUUUUUCACAUGAGCGCUACCUUUCGGGGGUAGCGUCACGGGCGCCCGUUCUGUCGCGUUUUAUAGGUGGUCGGAGCAUCUGGUGAGCUGCAUGACGUUGUGUGAGACACAUCUGCCAAUAAAUGCUGCACUAUUCUAGAAAAGCUAGAACAGGAAGUUACCUCCUGACCUUGUUGACGUGCCAACUUGAUUGCUUUGACUCAGCCUAGCAAAAGUGCAACGUUGUAGUUAAAUACUAACUGCGGGAAUACAUUUCCCAAGAGUUCAUUUAUUGUUAACGAUUUCAAUCGUACAGGCCAAUCUUGUCCUUGAAUGUUCUGAACUCCUGUGGAUGUAGCUCAACUCUGCUGCUGGAGAUAGCAAAGUAGUUUAGCUAGUGCGCUCCUAACAGGCAACGCAUGGCAUUUCUUGUCUAAACGCCCUUCCUCCGACUUUGUCCACUCUUUUCAUGUGUUCACUCAAUAUUGUGUUUGUGGACAAAAGCUUUUUAUUGCCACUAAAAACAUUUUGAAGCUUUGGUAAGCUGCUAACAACGCCCAGGUCCACCACAGGAAGCGCUAAGGUGUAAGACGCUAACAACACCCAGGUCCACCACACGAAGCGCUAAGGUGUAAGCCGCUAACAACGCCCAGGUCCACCACAGGGAGCGCUAAGGUGUAAGCCGCUAACAACACCCGGGUCCACCACAGGAAGUGCUAAGGUGUAAGCCGCUAACAACGCCCAGGUCCACCACAGGAAGUGCUAAGGUGUAAGCCGCUAACAACACCCGGGUCCACCACAGGAAGUGCUAAGGUGUAAGCCGCUAACAACACCCAGGUCCACCACAGGGAGCGCUAAGGUGUAAGCCGCUAACAACACCCGGGUCCACCACAGGGAGUGCUAAGGUGUAAGCCGCUAACAACACCCAGGUCCACCACAGGGAGUGCUAAGGUGUAAGCCGCUAACAACACCCAGGUCCACCACAGGAAGUGCUAAGGUGUAAGCCGCUAACAACACCCAGGUCCACCACAGGGAGCGCUAAGGUGUAAGCCGCUAACAACACCCGGGUCCACCACAGGGAGCGCUAAGGUGUAAGCCGCUAACAACACCCGGGUCCACCACAGGGAGUGCUAAGGUGUAAGCCGCUAACAACACCCAGGUCCACCACAGGGAGUGCUAAGGUGUAAGCCGCUAACAACACCCAGGUCCACCACAGGAAGUGCUAAGGUGUAAGCCGCUAACAACACCCAUGUCCACCACAGGGAGCGCUAAGGUGUAAGCUGCUAACAACACCCGGGUCCACCACAGGGAGCGCUAAGGUGUAAGCCGCUAACAACACCCGGGUCCACCACAGGAAGCGCUAAGGUGUAAGCCGCUAACAACACCCGGGUCCACCACAGGAAGUGCUAAGGUGUAAG